AUAAUUUCCAAAUUCGACAUUAUUUUUGCUCAACCCCAAUCAAAUCUUAAAAACCCCAUUCUUACAGAGUUGACAUUGAUUCACAAUCCACUUCCCAAAUUACCCUUCUCUUUCUUUAAACUAGUCCUCAGUUCCUCACCAUAAGUCCACUCACCACCACCAACACCAACACCAACAACAAUUAGAAGUGCGCUUAUUUUCUCUCUCCUCUCUGUGUUGUUCCCGGCAAAUUCCACUCGAAAUCCGUAUUUUUCGGGAACCAACACCACUUUCUUUGCUUUGGUCUGCUCAUUUUCCCGACAUUUUUUUCACCUUCACGAGAUUUUGCCCUCCUAUAAUUUGCUUUCAUGCUUUCCAUGUUAACUAUUAUUGUAUGAUCUUACUUUUUUUUUUCUCCCCUUUUUAAUUAUUAGGGUUUUCAUCUUUCACAAUUCUUGCAGGAUUAAUUCUGCAAUUAAGUAGGUGUUCAUUCUUCAAGUUUGAUGGAUUUUAAUUCAAAAUGGAUUGUUCCGAUUUUGAUUAUUGGAUCAGUUUUUAUGCUCGUAAAUGCCUCUUCUGAUGAAGAUGACUACCAACGCUGUGAGAUUGCUGUAAACAAUUGGGCCGCUUCUCAACUUAGUCAAGAAGUUAAAGAAGAUAAACAUACGCUUCGUGAUCUGUUGUUCUUCCUACAUAUACCAAGAACUGGAGGACGCACAUAUUUUCACUGUUUCUUGAAAAAGUUGUACUCCUCGAAGCUGGAAUGUCCUCGUUCCUAUGACAAAUUGCGGUUCAAUCCUAGAAAAGCUCAUUGCAGGUUGCUAGUCACUCAUGAUGAUUAUAGCAUGAUGACCAAGCUACCACAUGAUAAGACAUCAGUGGUGACAAUAUUAAGAAACCCAGUUGAUCGUGUAUUCAGUACAUAUGAAUUUUCAAUUGAGGUAGCUGCUAGAUUUUUGGUGCAUCCUAACUUAACAUCUGCCAUGCAAAUGGCUGGACGUUUGCGAAAGAAAAACAAUGUGGUUAGCACGCUAGAUAUAUGGCCAUGGAAGUAUUUGGUUCCAUGGAUGAGAGAAGACCUAUUUUCUAGGAGAGAUGCUAGGGUGAGUCAGAAUCUAAAUCAUGUUAGUAAAGACUCGUACAAUAUGGAAGACUUUGCUAUGCCGCUGCUUCAAUACAUUAAUGAUCCAAUUGCUUUGGAUAUCGUUCACAACGGGGCCACUUUUCAGGUUGCUGGACUAACAAAUAAUUCUAAUUUAGCGGAGUCACAUGAAGUGCGUAUGUGUGUUCAGAAGUAUCAUUCUCUGGGGGAUUCUGUGCUUGAUGUGGCAAAGAGGAGGUUGGACAAUAUGUUAUAUGUUGGAUUGACUGAAGACCACAAAGGAUCUGCAACAACAUUUGCACAUGUAGUUGGUGCACAAGUCAUUUCUCAGUUGGUAGGAUCAAAUUCUAGCAUGGAUCAUCAAGCUAAUAAUAUAACAGAACAAAGCUAUUCACAUGCAGCGUCUGAAUCUCAACAUGGUCAACACACGAGUAUUUCUAUUGAUGAAAGCCCAAGCAACAUACCAACUGCGGAUGGAGAGUUUAGAAAAAGUGAAAUGACUGUUGGGAAACUUAUGGAAUCGUACGAAUCGUGCAUUGGUAAUUUGCGGAAGUCGCAGUCACAACGGCGAAUCACUUCUCUGAAAAGAAUUUCCCCUGUGAAUUAUACAAAAGAGGCACGCCGUCAGGUGCCAGAAUCAGUUAUUGAGCAGAUAAUUUCACUGAAUAGACUUGAUAUGGAGCUUUACAAGUAUGCUAAAAAACUCUUUGCCGGGCAACAUGAGCAGACAGUGCAAAAAUUGCUCAAGUUGCAGGAAAGACAAAACGGCAUCCUGAUGAACUCAUUUACGGCUCCACCCUGGGAAAAUAUCUCUUUAAUCAUGGCUGUCGUUUUGGUGAUUGUUGCUAUAUCAGUAUUUGUAAAUGCUAGAAGAAGAAUGUCUAAAGUUAAGAUAUGAUAGAACCUGAACAUAGACAGAUUUUUAUAAAGGUUUAUAGAGAAAUGAAUGGCUGCCAUCCUACAAUGCAUCACCUGAUCAAAUCGCUUGACAUGUGCUGGGGAUUUGUCUAUUUUGAAGGGACGGCAAUUAUGAACAAUACUAUUGAUUUGCACAGCAACUGAAACUAUAGUUGUUCAGGUGGUCUUGAUCCUGACUGCUCAAUUUUUUUGCCAUUUUGUCACUGCAAAUACAAGGAAGGAUAUCUCUGCGGCUAACGCUGGCAAAGUCUUUUCUUCUCAAAAUCUAUUAAAGAUAUUUCAAGAAUACCGGGUUAAGACAAUAGAGUUUCUUCGUUUGUCUAUAGAAUUUGGCAGCCAUUUUUAAUGGUAGAGUACUUUUCUCUCGUUUAGAUGAUAUGCAGUUAAUUGCAUUGAACAUAAAAAAAAUGUACUGUAUUAUUCUACAUGUAUAACAAUUUUUCGGUAAAGACUAGAAUAGACCCGGUCUACAAUAACUUAUUGUAGACCCAACCUUCUAGUA